GACACGGAUCGGGUUCCGUGGCCGUCGCGAUAUUCUCAAUUAUAUUUGUUUUUCAGUAAUUUCCAACUGAAAUUCCAGUUAUUUCUAACUUAAUUUCGAUAUUGUUUGUGACUGAAAUAAGUUCAAGUGAUAAUUGUGAUAGUGUUGUUUGUUUGUGUGUGAAAAGUUUUGUUAUUGUUUUCGGAAAAUUAUAUAGAAAAUAAACAAAGAUGAUGUACCAGAUGAUGUUUUUGGCGUCUGCGGCGCUGCUUGUGGCUGGGCAUGACCACACCCACGAGCCCAGCACACGCACGGAAGGUGGGCCGCGGCGCGCCGUCGCCCGCCUCACCAGUCCGGACGGGCACGACGUGCAUGGCAACGUGACCUUCACUGAGGAGGGGGACAAGGUCCACAUCCAUGGACACAUCUACGGCAUGCCUGAAGGGGAGUACGGGUUCCAUGUCCACGAGCUGGGUGACAUCACCGGCGGGUGCACCUCUGCUGGGGGGCAUUUCAACCCUCACAACAAAGACCACGGCCACCCUGACGACGAGAACCGCCACGUAGGCGACCUUGGUAAUCUCGAAUUCAACACUGAAAAGCUCGGCGAAAUUGACAUAGUUGACCGCCUGAUCACUCUGCAUGGAGACCACAGCGUCAUCGGCAGGACUGUCGUCCUCCACGCGAUGCCUGAUGACUUCGGCAGGACCGACCACCCUGACUCGAAGAAGACUGGCAACGCGGGUGGACGCAUCGCUUGCGGUGUCAUCGGCCGCCUGUAAUAUCCUAUUUCUAACUUUACUACUGAAUUCUAAGACGCAUUUAAGACCUAUUUAAUAAAAACUAAAUCCAUAGACUAAGCUAGGAAUAGCCUUAAUGAUUGCUGAUCUCCGAUUGGAGAUGGCACUAUCUGAAGAAGAAGAAAUCCAUACAUCUUCAUUGGUCUAUUUACUCUGGCAAGCGUAUUUUUAUCAGCAAUGACUGCCUAAUGAUUUCCCUAAGAAUUCCAAAUUGUCGGUAGUCAGAAAAAUACUACAUUCAGCAUCAUGUUAGUCUUAAAGGCGUUUUAGAAUUUGGUUAUCUUACUUUUGCGUAUAAUUUUUGAAGACGUUUUUGAGAUCGAUAACUUUCAGCUCAGAAAUUAAGGCUUUUGAAUCUGUUUUAUUACUUUUUGUUGUUCUUUUGAAGAUCCUGUAUUUUGUUAUUUUAUAUUUGUGUUGGCUUUAGUCAUUUAUUAGCGUGAAUAUACAAAGAAUACUAAAGUAAUGAAAUGGAUUUGAACUAUUUUUAUGAUAUUCGGAUAAAGUUUUUUUAUUACUCA